AGCAGCAACAUAGUGAGCGAAAUCAGGGGAGAAGAUGUUUGGAUUUGAAAACAUGAAGAUUUCCAGCAGUGAUGCAACCAAGCCGGUCAUCAAUCUCGAUCAAGGAGAUCCGACGGCAUUGCAAGAGUAUUGGAUGAGUACGAAGAUGAAGGAGAGGUGUGUUGUGGUGAUACCAGGAUGGGAACUGAUGAGCUACUUUAGCGAUAAGACGAACGUGUGUUGGUUCCUGCAGCAAGAUCUUGCUGAGGCGAUCAAGGCGUUACACUGUGAGAUCGGCAACGCAGCGACUGAAGAACGCUACAUCGUGGUGGGUAAUGGCUCUUCACAGCUUUGUCAAGCCGCUUUGUUUGCACUUUCUUCUCUCUCUGAGGACAAGCCUCUCAGCAUUGUCGCCGCGGUUCCUUACUACUCCACAUACGAGGAGGAGGCAUCGUAUGUUCAGUCGCAGCUGUACAAGUGGGAAGGAGACGCAAGAACGUUCAACAAACCCGGACCAUACAUCGAGAUGGUGACAUCACCGAACAAUCCUGAUGGGACCAUCAGAGAGCCGGUGGUGAACCGUGGGGGGAAAGUGAUAUACGACUUUGCGUAUUACUGGCCACACUACACUCCUAUCACUCACCGUCAAGACCACGACAUUAUGCUCUUCACCUUCUCUAAGAUCGCCGGUCACGCUGGGUCCCGCAUCGGGUGGGCGUUAGUGAAGGACAUAGAGGUGGCUAAGAAGAUGGUGCAAUACCUAACAAUCAACUCAAUUGGUGUUUCUAAGGAGUCGCAGAUUCGAGCCACCGUGAUCCUCAAUGAGCUCACCAAAAGUUGUCGCAUCAAAUCGGAGAGUUUCUUCGAGUAUGGUAACGAGAAGGUGAAGUCACGGUGGGAGAGUCUACGCUGGGUCGUAGAUAAGACCGGUGACACAUUCACUCUACCUGAUUACCCUCUAGCCUUUUGCAACUUCUUUGGCAAAAGCAGCUCAACUUAUCCUGCGUUUGCAUGGCUGGGGUGUAACGAAGAUAAGGAUCUCGAAAGUCUCUUGAAGGAAAAAUACGUUUUGACAAGAGGAGGAGAGCGAUGUGGCAGUGAUAAGAAGUACGUACGCGUCAACAUGCUUGGACCCAACAAAGACUUUGAGGACUUUCUCAACAGGCUUCUCACCAUCAAGUAUCCUAACUGCUUUGAGGGGAUCCCCUGCUUUGAGCCUUAA